AUAUGCUAUUAAUCUCAGGAUAGCCCAGUUGGGACAGGCUUUAGUUAUAUCGUUGGUGACCUACGAUAUGCCAUGACUGAUAUACAAGUAGCAAUCGACUUACUUAUCUUGCUGAAGGAUCUUUUUAACGCGAAUGAUGCCCUCCAAAAAAAUCCCCUCUAUAUCUUUGGAGAAUCGUAUGGAGGAAAAAUUGCAGUCAUGCUUGGAUUAGAAGUUUUAAAAUCCAUCGAAGCAAACCAACUAAAACUUAAACUUGGAGGUAACAAAACUAGACAUUUACUUAGGUACUAUUAUAAAUCACUUUUGUCGAUUUAAAAUAUAACCUUAGCAUAAAACCUCUUUUGUUGAAAUGUAGGAGUUGCCUUGGGAAGUAGCUGGAUUUCUCCCCUAGAUUUUGUGGUAUAUAAAUUAUGUCGGAUAGCCCGGAUUUGUUAAUAAGAGUAAUUAACCACCUUCAUCGUAGUCUUCCUUGCUAUUUUUUUUACUCAAAUUUUUGUAACUAAAAUGCAGCUUACAUGGGGACCUCUUUUGAAAGAUAUGUCUCGACUUGACGACAUCGGAUUAGAGAAAGCAACUAGGUCCACCAAGUCUAAAUUUUUGAAAUAACAAAUAUCGUUACCUAAUUAGGAUAUGAAAUUAAGUUACUCUAGAUAUGAAUUUAUGAUAUUGGUUUAACAUCAUUAAUUACAUUAAAAAAAAAAACAGAUUAGCUUUAAAAAUACAAAAGCAGCUGGAUGAUCACAAUGCUCAGGAUGCAACUUGGACAAUGGAAAAGCUUCAAGAUGUUAUUAUUCAUUAUAGCAAUUCUGUGUAUUUACAUAACUUCUUGAAAGACCAUGGAGAUAAUAAAGAAGAAGGAAGGCCUGUUGACUUUAAAAAGUUUAUGAAUGAUGUUGUUAAAGUAAAGCUGGAAAUUAUUCCUGAGGAUGUAAUAUGGGGAGCACAACAAAAUUAUGUUCAGAAAGCCUUGAGAGGAGAAAUCAUGAAAGAUAAAAUUGAAGAGGUUGACAAGCUCCUAGCCAAAGGCAUAAAUGUUGCUAUAUACAAUGGACAGGUAGAUAUUUUUUUUAUUAUCGUAGAGCAAUGAUUUAAUUGAUAAAUUACUUAGUAUAUAGUUUUAUGAAUGAUAAUUUAAAAUUAAAUAUGAUUUUUUUUUUGUAACAGCUCGAUAUAACGUGCUCACCAAAAGGGGCAGAGUUAUGGGUAAAAAAACUUAAGUAAGAGUUACUUGUAAAUGAUGUCAAUUUUAACAACUAUAAUGAAUAUAUUAGGGCUGUAAAAAAAUCGUGUCAAAUUGAACCGAUUGUCAAACCAAUCGAUGGAUCAGUUAUUGCCAACUACAUAAUAGUGAGGACCGAUCCAAAAAUCGACAAUAAUCGAUCAAACGGUCGGUUAAAUUUAUGUCAAAAAAUAAAAUAAAAAUCCGACCGAAACCGACCUUUGACACCCCUAGAAUAUAUGAUUAUGGUUGUUAAUUAAGUGAGUAUCUGUUGCAUUAGGUGGAUUGGUUUGGAGAAUUUUUUAAAGACGGCUCGUGUUCCUUUAUAUUAUGGAAAUAAGACAGAAACGAAAGGAUUUAAGAAAUCAUACCAACACUUGACUUUCUACUGGAUUCUUAAUGCUGGUCAUGGCGUAAGUAUUUAUUUAAUAAUCAUGAAAUAUUUACAUUUAUUAUAAACAAAAUUUCACCCAAAUUAACUUGGUUAUUAACUUGAGCAGAUUCCAAAACACCAACCAUGGAUUACUUUACAGAUGGUAGGAGAGAUCACUGGAUUGCCCAGCACUUCUUAAUAAUACACCAAUGGCAGAUUCUACUAACAUCAUCAUUGUUGUAAUAAAUGUAGCUUAGUCUAUUAAAUGUAAGAAGACCCCCCUCACUUUAAUGCAUCAUUGUUGUAAUAUCCUUUAUCCACCACUUCGACCCUCCUCAC